AUGGCGGAUAAGAGUACUCGCAAGAAUGUUUGUGUUAGAAUUGUCAAGCGUUCUAUAUUAGAGUCGUCAGUUAGAAGUGAUGUGGGUAUUYUAAGAACUUUGAUUUCUUKUGAAUCAAGGAAAUUCCACAAAACAUGGUCCAAGACUUCCAAAAAUCCAAUAGGUUUUGAUAAUCAACAUUUGUUCUUUGACAAAUUUCGCACUGUUUUUCACACAAAUGGAUCAAAAGGCAAACCGUUUCUGCUUUAUAAACUUCCUUCUUUGCACAGAAAAGAAAAGAUAGAGUCAGCAGUUAUAUUUGAAACACCUUUGGAUCAGAAUUCAUGGAUGGGUUGUAGAAACGAAAGGAGUUUUGCACCUUGUCUGUUUGGUGUAAGUGGUUCAGGAUAUCUUGUACGUCAAGACAUCRCCUCUGGUGAAAUCUUGCAGUCUGUGUACUUGGGGAAGAGCUACAAGUUUAAACAURUUUUCUGGGAAACCGAUCUGUGCAGAAUUGCAAUAACAUCUGUUCACAGAACAAUCCCGCCCAGGGCAAUUCAAGACAACAGGUCUAGUGUGUUUCYUAUUCUUAUGCACAUUGCAGUAUUUGACGUGGCACCUCUGAGGUUCUUAGCAUUGAUACCAAUAAGCAAGGAUGUAUUUGGAAUUGAUGUUAUUGAUGCAUCACUGAAUCAUGGAAUACUCUUCACCAUGAAUCGAGGAGGAGGAAUGAAGUUAUUUAGUUUGGUAGAAAUUCUGGAGGAUUUUUCCAGAAAAGCAACUCUUGGUGAAUCAUACAACUUUGGGGUAAAUGACCAGGAAAAUAACGGUAUUGUUGGACAGCCACCCUAUGGACUUCCAGUGAAUACAAGAUUUGAAAGACAACCACAACUUCUUUUUCAAGUCACUAGUGAGCAUCACUUUCUUUCCUUUGGGGGGUACCCAUGGCAUUACAUUGCAAGUCCCAAAGGGUGCAACAGUGUUUUUCAAGUGUUCAAUAUCGGAAGUCAAACAUGUGUCAAAAAUGGUCUUCUCAAAAGCAGUGUUCAAUCAAUUGAACAAGAUCAUGCCAUAUUCCAUGCUGAUUGCAGUGGRYGCAUUUUGCAUGUUGGCGCUGAUUUUGUGAGCUACUACAAGGUGUCUCAGUUGAGUUUUGAACAAGGAAAUCAAAUGCAACAGUUCGAGUUAAAACCUUGUCAUAGGAUAUCAGUAAAAUCAAUGGGCAUGGCUAAUGAUAAUGCUACUACAUUUACUUCAUCUGGAAGGAAGGUCAAGAGUAAUAAAAUCAAUAAUGAAGCUAACAGUGAAUAUGAAACUGUAAGAGAUUUUGACUAUGAAGAUGAACUAGACUUGUUAGUUGUGUUGUCGUCACAAGGUCCAGGUGCAGGACACAUUGGUCUCUAUGACAAUCAAACUGGUCUCUUAGUGAAUGAGAUARCACUUUCUUCCUGGGACGAGGAUAGUGAUCAUUCAAUCCUUAUGGAGAGAGAUGUUAUUGUACAUAUAUCAAAAAAUAUGUCCAGAAAGUUUCAUUGUGAUAUUUUUAGAUUGACUGAUUUGUCAAAAUAAUGAUUAUUCUUACAAAAAAAUAGAAUUCACAAUGUUAUAUUCAUGAACUGUUGGUUAG